CAUCAGCUUCAAUGUAAACGUACUAGAAUAACACUAUAGUACGUGCCCGGUGCCGUAUCUUCGACGUUGUUAUUAUUGACCGGCUUUGAUCUUGCUUCAGGCUUGGUAGGUUAGAAUGACCAACUCACAGGGCAAGCCCUAUUUUUACGACGCGAACACCCAACAAUCACCGUGGGAUCCGCCUGCUGGCCUUGCGCAGGAGCAGAUGCAGCUUCUGGGUUACUUCCCCACAAUGUCAGUGACAAAGUCGGAGCCAGUCAUUUGCUGGUGAAGCAUAGCGGUAGCAGGCCCGAUAUGAAUUUGUUUCGCGACAGGCAAACAUAACGCGCUCAGAAGAGGCAAUCGAAAGAAACUCUGAAGAUGUAUCAGGACCUUAUCGACAUCAACAAUAACUUUGGCGAAUCAGCAGACAAAUUUAUAUAACU